AUGGAUGCCAAUGGAGAAUCUCAAGAACUAUCUAUAAAAGAUGAAUAUCAACUAUGGCGUAAAAACUGUAGAUAUAUGUAUGAAUUCGUUAGUGAAACAGCAUUAACCUGGCCAUCAUUAACAAUUCAAUGGCUUCCAAAUCAUACAACAGAAAAUGGAGUAAUUAAUACAAAGUUAUUACUUGGAACACAUACAUCAGGAAAUGAUUCAAAUUAUUUAAAAAUAGCAGAAACUCAAAUAUCUGCUGGUGGGAAAGCAAAUUCCAGAAUAAAAAUUAUUAAAAAGUUUGAAAAUCAAGAAGAAAUAUGUAGAGCAAGAUACAUGCCUCAAAAUCCAACGAUAGUGGGGACCAUAAAUGGAGCUGGUGGUGUUGAUUUAUAUAAUAUUGAAAGCGAUGAACGGGGUAGCUUUUCACAUUUUCAACCUCAUUCAGAUAAUGGAUAUGGAUUAUCUUGGAACCCAAUAACAAAAGGACUCUUAUUGACAGCGUCUGAUGACAAAACGGUUUGUGUGAGUGAUACAAACAAGGAAAACGAACAAAUAUUUAAAAAAGAAGGAGAUGAUAUCUUUAAUGAUGCUAAAUGGCAUUUUUUUGACAACAAUAUAUUUGCAUCAGCAUCAGAAGAUGAACAUUUAUACAUAUAUGACUUAAGAUCACCGGAUAAAGUAUCGAAGUUUUACUCCAAAAACUCAAAAGGUAUCAAUUCAGUUGCUUUUUCUCCUUUUUCACAUAAUUUAUUAGCUAUAGGAAACACUAAUUCAAAUAUAGGAAUACUAGAUCUUAGAAAUUUGAAAUUAUUACAUACAAUGAUGGGUCAUACAGAAGGUAUAACUAGUUUAGAAUUCUCACCUCACAAGGAUGGUAUACUAGCAUCAGGAAGUCAAGAUAGAAGACUAAUUGUUUGGGAUUUAUUUAAAAUCGGAGAAGAACAACAACAAGAAGAUGCUGAAGAUGGAUGUCCAGAAUUAUUCAUGAUGCAUGCUGGUCAUACAGCAGGUGUGACUGACUUAUCUUGGUGUCCUUUCAAAGAAUGGACAAUUGGAUCUGUUGCUGAUGAUAAUAUUGUUCAUUUAUGGGAAAUUAAUAAAAGCUUGAUAAAUACUGAAGAAGCUGAUGUUGAUGCCGAUUUCUUGGAAUAG